UCGCCGCUGCGGCGUCUGCUUCGGGCGACGGCGGCGGAGCCGAGCGGGCGGCCAUGGACGCGGGUGCCGGGGCCGGCGCGGGCGCGGCGAGCUGGAGCUGCCCCGGCCCAGGUCCCACAGUGACCACUUUAGGUUCCUACGAGGUGUCUGAGGGUUGUGAGAGGAAGAAAGGCCAACGCUGGGCGUCCCUGGAGCGUCGGGGGAUGCAAGCCAUGGAAGGGGAAGUAUUGCUCCCAGCUCUCUAUGAGGAGGAAGAAGAGGAGGAAGAAGAAGAAGAAGAGGUGGAGGAGGAGGAGGAGCAAGUGCAGAAAGGUGGCAGUGUGGGCUCCCUGUCAUUGGGCAAGCAUCGCGGCCUGAGCCUCACGGAGACAGAGCUGGAGGAGCUGAGGGCUCAGGUGUUACAGCUGGUGGCGGAGCUGGAAGAGACCCGGGAACUGGCAGGGCAGCAUGAAGAUGACUCCCUGGAGCUGCAGGGGCUCCUGGAGGAUGAGCGACUGGCCAGCGCCCAGCAGGCAGAGGUGUUCACCAAGCAGAUCCAGCAGCUCCAAGGUGAGCUGAGGUCUCUGCGGGAGGAGAUUUCCCUGUUAGAGCGUGAGAAAGAAUGUGAACUUAAGGAAAUGGAACGGGAGUUGCACCUGGCCCGGGAGGAGAUCCUGAAUCUGCGACAAGCCGCAGAGGAUUCUGUGACUGAACAUGAGAGUGACAUAGCAUCCCUGCAGGAGGACCUCUGCCGCAUGCAAAAUGAACUUGAUGACAUGGACCGCAUUCGGGGAGAGUAUGAGAUGGAGAUCGCCUCCCUCCGUGCAGAAAUGGAGAUGAAGAGCUCUGACCCAUCCAAUAGUUAUAGUCUCUCAGAUUUCUCUGGGUUGCAAGAAGAAUUGCAACAACUGCGGGAUCGCUACCGCUUCCUGAAUGAGGAGUACCAGGCCCUGCAGGAGAGUAACAGCAGCCUCACGGGGCAGCUCGCAGAUCUGGAGAGUGAGAGGACACGAAGAGCAACGGAAAAGUGGCUGGAGUCCCAAACCUUACGGAGUAUGGUAUCAACAGAGUCUCAGACUGUAGAUACGGAUUUCUUGGAGUCUGAUUCGGAAACCCAGUUGUUGCGACAGCAGCUGCUGGGAGCAGAGGAGCAGAUGUUCAACAUGCAGAACAAGUGUAAGGAAAUGUGCUGUGAGUUGCAAGAGCUAAGGCAUCAUCGCCAGGCCAGCGAGGAGGAACAGAGGCGGCUGCAGAGGGAACUCAAGUGCGCACAGAAUGAGGUGCUUCGGUUUCAGACUUCCCAUCAUGCCACCCAGAAUGAGGAGCUGAAGUCCAGACUCUGUGCCCUGCAGCAAAAGUACGAUGCUAGUCAGGAUGAACAGACUGAGCUCUUGAAGGUGCAGCUCCAUCUUCAGGCUGAGCUCCGGCAGCUCAAAAUCAUGAAACCCACAGUCAUAGAAAGCCAAAGUGAGAAGGAGUUACUGUGCCGACUCCACAAGCUGCAGCUCCAGUAUCAGAACGUCACAUGUGAUAAGGAUAAGCUGCUGGAGGAGCAGCAACAACUGCAGGAGGACCUGCGGUACCACAAGGCAGAGGUGCAGCGCCUCAAGGACAUCUCGGACUGCUUCCAAGAGAGCAGUGAGAAGAACGCCGAGAUGCAGGCUGAGCUUCAGGAGAUGAGGCAGCUGUACCAGAUGCGCCAGGACGAGCUGGAGCGGCAGAGGCACAUGUUUGAUCAGCUGGAGGAGGACUUCCUGCUCUGCCAGCAGGAGCUGAGGCAGCUCAAGAUGACCCAGCCCAUCCCAGAGGACCAGGGAAAGUGUGGUAAUAAGUGUGAUGCACUGCUCUCCAAACUGACAGAACUGCAGGAAAAGUACCAGGCCAGCCAGAAGGAGAUGGGGCAGCUGCAGAUGGAGCAGUAUGAGCUCCUGGAGGAUCAGAGGAGGUUGCAGGAGGAGCAGGGCCAGCUGCAAGAAGAGAUGCACAGGCUCACGGUCCCGCUGCCCAAAUGUGGUCUCCUCCCGAAGAGUGAGGAGAUGCUUACAAAGCUGCAGGACCUGUGUGAACUCCAGCUGCUCUACCAAGGCAUGCAGGAGGAGCAGAAACAGCUGAUAGAGCAUCAGGAAAAUGUAUUGAAGGACCAACUAGAACUGCAUAAAGAGCUGCGUCUCUUCAAAGAGUCUCAUUUCCAGGAAGUGUUGGACAAUCGGGAAGGUUCCAAAUCGCUUAAGUCCUCCCAGUGUGGUCAAAACAAGUCCAAGAUGAUCAUCGCCCAGAUGCAGGCUCUGCAGGACCUGUACCAGGCCAGCCAGACAGAGCAGGAGCUGCUGCAGCAGGAGCAGGGGAGGCUCCUGGAGGAAAGGAAGAGGCUGCAGGCUGACUUGGAGCUCUGCCUGGAAGAAAUGCAGUUGCUCCAAGCCCAGUCCCCGUCUAUAAAAAUGAGCCUCGAAUCCUACAGGAAGAGUUAUCGCAGCAGCAGUGACAGCAGUGAGAGCUAUCACAAGAGUUACGAGAGCACCCAGGGCAGCGAAGAGAGCUUUCACAGGAGCUGCGACAGUGAUUUCAGCAGUACCUCCGAAACCUAUCUGAAGAGUUACCGCAGCAGCAGCAGCAGCAGCAGCAUCGUUGCUGAUAAGGGUUACGACCUCAGCGGUAGCUCUGACACCCAUUAUAAAGGUUACAUCAGCAGCACUGAGGACGAACCUGCUGAGCCCGAAGAUAUAGAGCACUUUUUGGACGUGGUGGCCAAGGUGCUGGUCAAGCUGCAGGGAGUGCGGGCCUUGUACCAGCUCAGCCAGGAGGAGCACGACCUGCUGCAGGAGCGCAUGAGGGUGCUCCUGGACCAGCAGAUGGAGCUGAAGGAAGAGCUGGAUGCCUGUGAAAGGGAAUUCAAGGACUGCAUCGAGGGCCUUGAGAAGCCUGUUAGCUCCCAAAAUGAUAAGAAUGAGAUCAGAGAGCUGCAGGCCAAGCUGCGGGAGCUGCAGCUGCAGUACCAGGCCAGCAUGGACGAGCAGGGGCGGCUUCUGGCAGAGCAGGAGCAGCUGGAGGGGCAGCUGCAGUGCUGCCAGGAGGAGCUUCGCCAGCUCAAAGAGAAGCAGUCCUCCGUUACCAAGGGAAAUAGUGCCCGCGAGAACACCAGCGAGAACACCAGUGAGGUCGAGAAAGAGGCAUCCAAGCCGAGCCUGGAGAGUUCUGAGUCCAGCUGUGAGGCCAGGCAGAGUCUGGAGGUAGUGCUGUACUUCAGGGCCAGCAACACGGAGGCAGAUGACCCACCAGAGGAGGAGAAAGAGGAAACGGAGGAGGAAAAGAGGGAGGAAAUUGAACAGGAACCAAAGGAGGAGAAAGAGGAAAUGGAGGAGGAAGAGAGGGAGGAAAGUGAACAGGAACCAAAGGAGGAGUCCGGGAACGAAGUAGUUUCUGAGCCCCCAGAUCCCACAGAAAUGAAGGCCACAGAAGAUGAGGAGGCGGGAUUUGAAGAGUCCCAAGACCAGGGGGGAAAAGAAGACAACCAAGAUGAAGAGGACGGCUCCUGCCCUGAAGGUUCAGCGGAAAACCCCCUCAAAAUUUCUGAGAGCAAAAAGAACAUGUUUGGGAUGUGGAAGCCCGUGGUGUUCUUGGCUCUUGCAGCUGUGGCUCUGUAUGUAUUACCCAACAUGCGGCAGCAGGAGACAGAGUUCUGCCUCCUGGAGUGAUGGCAGACCUGGGCCAGCCAAGGGGGCAGAUCCCAGGGGCCACUACCCUCGGCUUUGGGCACCACACACUGUGCCAGAGCCCCGCCCACCAUGUGUCUCAUGUGUCCCCGUCGUCUUAGCUUCAGCCACCCAGGCUGGAGAGGCUUAGUGGGGGCUGCUGGCUCCCAUCUCCCGUGUUGUAUAAGAGCCUGGGUCCCUUGGAAUUAAAUGUCAGCCUGACUACA